AUGGUUUCUGAGCUUUUGAAGCGUAAGAUUAUUUGUGAUAGAAAGGAUGAGAUUUGGAUCAAUUACUGCGGCAUGCCGGUUUGCUUUGGCAUGAAGGAGUUUGUCAUAGUUACUAGAUUGAGAUGUUAUCCUUGUGAGCCUCUUCCUACUGUUGUAUUGAUCAAGCCAGCCCGGACACCCAAGGCAGCCAAGAAAGCAAAGGGUUCCAAAGCUAAGAAUGAUGUCUCUUUGAUAAACUUAGUGGGAAAGAGCUACACUCAAAAGAAAUUGUUGCAAGAUUUGGACUCCAAAACUUUCUCAAAAAAGCACAAGGAGGCACUGUGCUUAGUUUGGUUUGUGCACAGUGUUCUUUGGGCAAGAGACGUACUCUACAACAUACCGCUUGGAUUGAUUAAACUUGCUGAGGACUAUGAUGCCUUCAACAACUAUGCCUGGGGUUUUCAAAGCUUUAGCUUGACUGUUGAAUAUUUGAUGAAGGAUUUGAAGCCAACGGGGAAGACACAAAACCUAUAUGGCUUCCCUUGGGCUUUCAUGGCUUGGGCAUUUGAAGCCAUUCCUCACCUCAGGCAUCAAGUCAAGGAAUACUCCGAAGAAGUUACCUAUCCAAGAAUUCUUAGAUGGCUCACUGCCAGAACAACACAAAAUUGAGUGUUGACCUUUUCAACCCCCCUAAGGAAGCUGUAAGCAUUAGAACACAACAGAUGACUAGGUGUUGCAACAGCUUUUAUAAUCUGCUGCAACAACACAUGCAUCUGUUGCAACAAGUUAUGCAUCUGUUGGAAAAUGUCCAACAGAUAAUUAACCUGUUGCAACAAGUUACCCAACAGAUAAAUCUGUUAUAACAUGCAACU